UUUCCCUAGCCCUUUCAAUCGUUCAUUUCCCCCUAAUCAUAGGUCUGCUAAAAGCCCAUUUUCCCGGUUUUCUUCUACAAACCCCACCUUCGCUUCGUCAUGACUCGUCUUUCGCUCUUCGUUGUCUUGGGUUUGGUGACCUCCGUCUUCGCUCAAAAUUGCGGUCCUUCCUAUGGAAAUCAGAUUUGUGCUGCCGGUACUUGUUGCAGUCAAUACGGAUGGUGUGAUACAAGUGCCGCCCAUUGUGACCCUGCUACUUGUCUAAAGGCAUACAGUGGUGCCGGUUCCUCGUGUGCUGGUUCCACUGGCGGUGGCACUCCAACAGGCGGCGGAUCCUUCCCCUCUUCAGUCCCAUCAAUCGAUAUCUGUGGUGCAGAUUCAGGCGGUAUUUCGUGCCCUGGUGCCGGCCCCGGAGGAUUUUACUACCGUUGUUGUUCUGUUAAUGGUCACUGCGGGCCUAAGAAUGGGGAACAAGCUCAAUCCGACUACUGUGGUGCCGGUUGUCAGCCUGGUUUCGGCGUUUGUGACCAGCGCCCGGUUCCACCCCCUCCUCCACCACCGCAGGGUACCGCUGGCGCUGAGCAGAAUUGCGGUCCCAUCGUGAACAAGAGGUGUGGGGGUGGCUUGUGUUGCUCUGGAUCCAACUUCUGUGGAUCCGGUCCUGAUUUCUGCGGCGCUGCGAAUUGGUGCCAGGUUGACUGGGGACAUUGCAACCGGUAAGAUUUCCUUAGCGUUUGAAGGAUUGUUAAGGCUCACUGUUUUCAUUUUCUCGCCUGUCUUUCCGUUUUGCGCCGUAUACAUACGGGGGGGGGGAGAGAGCAAAAAGGUCCAUGAUCUGUCAUGUAAUUGCAUACGCUAGAUAUUU